AUACUCGUGCACCACCCUAAAUCCUCCCUCUCGAGCCUUCGCUAGACCGCUUUUUUCUUCCUCUCUCUUCUUCUUCUUAUCAUCCUCAAUUUUAGAGAGAGAAAGCAAAAAAGGCUACUCUUCCAUCAUGUUGGUUUAUCAAGAUCUUCUCACCGGUGAUGAGCUUCUCUCAGACUCAUUUCCCUACAAAGAGCUUGAGAAUGGAUGUCUUUGGGAGGUUCAAGGCAAGUGGGUUGUUCAAGGUGCUGUUGAUGUAGACAUUGGGGCAAAUCCUUCUGCUGAGGGUGCAGAUGCAGAUGAAGGUGUGGAUGAUCAAGCUGUCAAAGUUGUUGAUAUUGUUGACACUUUUAGACUUCAGGAGCAACCUUCUUUUGACAAGAAGCAGUUUGUUACAUACAUGAAGAGAUACAUCAAGAACUUGACACCCAAGCUAGAAGGAGAAGCACAAGAGACAUUUAAGAAGAAUAUUGAAGCAGCAACUAAGUUCCUCAUGUCAAAGCUCAAGGACCUUCAAUUCUUUGUUGGUGAGAGCAUGCAUGAUGACAGUUCCCUGGUGUUCGCUUACUACAAGGAUGGUGCAACUGAUCCUACCUUUUUGUACCUUGCACCUGGCUUGAAGGAGGUCAAGUGCUAGAUGUCUGGUGGAGUGCUUCAGAGCUAGAAGUUUUAAAUUGGAGAUGUUUCAUCUAGUUUUAGUUUCUGGUCCUUUCUUGCUUAUUUAUGUCAGUUUGUUCUGAACUUUGGGUACUUGUCGUACUUGUACUGUUUUCUUCGUUUUAUAAUUUUAUUAUGUGGGACAGCAAAUGACCCUUGUUGAGUUGAAAGUUCUGUUUGAUUAUCAAUAUCAAUUUUGCCUAUUAAAUCUUUA